AUGACAGUCACUCCAAACAAUACAAAUGCAGGAUCAAUGCGCAAAUCAAGAACAACAGCUGUGGUAAGCUUUAGAUCAGAAAAGUUUCUGAAUUUGAUGAACCCUUUUCAGAACAACAAAAAACAGCCGGUGCCUUCGAAACGAAAACAUAUCAAUGUUCCAACAGUUCGUGAAAAAGAACAACUUAGUGGAUUGAGUGGAACACGGUGUGAUGAGCCAAGUGAACGAACUCAAAGAGGACCAAAGCCGAAAAAUAUCGAUGAUUCGACGAGAAGUGCGGUUAUGGAUGACAAAACUAUGGCAUUUUGGUCGAAAAAAUUGAUUGAUCGUGAUUGGUAUCACGGAAUAAUGCCUAGAGAGGAAUGUAAUGCACUUUUGAAUGUAAGCAAGCUUCCAUCAAAGAGAGGAUCCCAAAAUAAUCGUGUUUUUCAGACAGAAGGCGAUUUUUUGAUUCGAAAAACAACGGAAAAAUCGAAACCGUUUUUCUGUCUCACAGUAUUUCACAAACAAGAACCUCGACAUUUCCCAUUAUUUUUUGAAAAUGGUGGAUGGACUUUGAAAAGGGUAAGUUCAUCCAACUCUGUAAGCACCCCAUAAAAAAUUACUCAAUUUUCAGCUCGAAAACCCUCAAAAAUUCGGGCACUUGGUCGAAUUGUUGAAUUGGAUGGUUGGCGAAAAAUAUCGAUUGGCCCCAACUUCAGCGAUUCUUGUUCGUGCCGUUCGACAAGCCAAAUACUAUAUUCAACACGAGGAAAUUGAGCUCAGCGGAAAAUUGGGAGCCGGAGCAUUUGGAGAAGUUUGGAAGGGGAAAUUGACGAAAAAGGGGGAGGAGCCGAUUGAUGUGGCGGUGAAGAAAAUGAAGGGAAAUCCGAAGAAAUCAAUGUUGAGGGGAUUUGUGAAAGAAGCGAAAUUGAUGAGAACUUUAUCGCAUCCGAAUAUGGUUCAUGUUAUUGGAGUGGCACCAAUGGAUGAACCUCUGAUGAUUGUUAUUGAAUUAGCCAAGAAUGGAUGUAUGCAGGUUUGACAAUCAAUAAAAAUUUCAAGAAAUACACCAAUAAUUCAAUUUUCAGACUCAUCUUCGGAAAGAGAAAGUUAGCCCAAUCGAAAAAUUAUCAAGAUUUGCAGUCGACACAGCUCGUGGAAUGGCCUACUUAUCAUCAAUUAUGAUUAUCCAUCGUGAUUUAGCUGCUCGUAAUUUAUUACUUGGUGCAAAUAUGGAAGUGAAAAUUAGUGAUUUUGGUCUAUCAGAAAGUGGAAAAACUGAAGUGAAAGCUGCGAAAAUAAAAGUUCCGAUUAGAUGGUUGGCACCUGAAACAAUUGACACUGCAAUUUUUACAACGAAAACUGAUGUUUGGUCAUUUGCAGUUACAAUGUGGGAAAUAUUCACAAAUUGUAUUACUGAUCCAUUUCCUGGAAUCACUAAUGGUCAAGCAAAAGAUAUUAUUCGACAAAAACAUCCACCUUUAGAAGUUCCAUGUACAAAUCCAGCAAAUACUGAAACUAUCAAGAAAAUCAAUAGUAUUAUGACUGAAUGCUUCGCAAAAAAUCCCGAGGAAAGACCAACUUUCUGGGAGAUUUUGAAAAAGUUAUCACCGGAUGAAAAUGCGGAGAAAUAUAGUAAGAUUGUUCCAUUGAGUGAUGGAUCAGAUAAAAGAUCGGAGAAGAAAAAAGAGGAAGAAAAAGAAGACUCAAAAAUCGGUGAGUUUUUCGACGUGAGAACUUUAGAUUGUGUUCUAACAUAAAUUCCAGAUCAGAAACAAAAGUUCGAGAUUCGAGGAAAAAUCACAAGCGAAACAUGCUGAAUCAAUCUUCUUGUCUCCAGCAUUUUCAGACGGAGGAAGUAGAAGAGCAAGAAAACCACGUGGAUUGACAGUUGAAAAAACAAUGAGUCUUGAAAGAAGUGAAAAGAAAAUAGAUGAGGCAGUAGCACCGAAAUUUGAAAGAGAAUUUGAGAAAAAAGAGGAGGAACUUAACAAUAACAAUAAUGAUGAGAGUAAUUAG